CGGCAAUUCACGUAUCUUCGCUAGUGUCCAUUACGAUUUCCGUUAGUCGUCGAUUAGCCGCCAUUACAUGUAUUGGGAUUUCGGACAUUUCCAGAAAGAAUAUCAGGUAAUUACAUCGCAAUUGCAUCGUGUUUUAAGAGACAGAAAUGCCGCGAAUGGUGAUAAAAAAUAUACGAACUGCUACACAGAUCGCCUUGCAUUAAUUCCGGUAUGCCACGCACAAUGGCAAUAAACGUUUCGAAUAAAAGCAUCUCUAACUUUGUAUAAAUGUAUGAUAUCAUGAACUUUUGGCGCGUUUGCUAGUUUGCCGAACGAUAAUCGCCGUGUACACGGAUUUCGGGAAUGCCGAGAAAAAGUAUCGGGCGAGUGCUGUGCGCGUGAUAGUUUUUAUCGAAUAAUAAUCGUCGCGUACACGGAUUUCGGAAGUGUCGAGAAAAAGUAUCGGGCGAGUGUCGUGCGUGAGUUUUUAUCGAAUAAUAAUCGCCGCGUACACGGAUUUCGGGAGUGUCGAGAAAAAGUAUCGGGCGAGUAUCGUAAGUGAUAGCUAUUAUCGAAUAAUAGUCGCCGCGUACACGGAUUUCGGGAGUGUCGAGAAAAAGUAUCGGGCGAGUGCCGUGAGUGAUAGUGAUAGUGAUAGUGAGUGAAUAUAUCAGCCGACGAGAAAGAAGCAGCGAGAUGACGAUUGAGAGAAAAUGGAAUAAAUCAGCCGAUGGGAAAAAGCUGCAGGACAACAACCGUUAAGGCAGACGCCAGACCACCUGCGGGGUCGGAGAUAAAGUGAUAACGUUGACGGGCGAGAGCUCGACGAUCCCGCCUCCGAGUGCAUCGCCGAUCCGAAGCUGCUUCCCGACAAACUUUGGCUACGCCGCGGGAGAGACGUGGCAGACAACUCCCGGAACUUUUCUACGUCUCCCGUAAGUCCUGAGAAUACCGAAGCGGGUUUUAUCGUACGAAUCAAAGUGUGUACCUUCGUAUCACGGGAUUGCGAGAUGCGUCAGUCAAUAUCAGACGAUUCCAAAAUAUAACAUCGUCAAAUGAUCAGAAGCCAAAGAAUGAUGGGAAAUCGAUAUCUCUGAAAACUACCGCUCGACUGUUUUCGACUUUUUGGUGGUGAAACACUCUUCUGCAGCAAAGCACUCGACAGGGAUACGCUCCACCACCUCGUCCGCAAAUGCAGCUGCCUACUCAAACUGUCCUCUCUCGUGCGCACGUGUGCAACCGGCUGCAUCCGUAAUGUGUAGACCGGUCGGCUGCACAGUUUAACAAACUACUAUCGGCGAAACUGCUGGAGCUCGAAAAACGCUGAAUUCGUUAACUGCUUUAUCUGCGGACAUCGACCGAGCGCGAGCAGAGCAUCGAGAAGGGGCGAAUCUCUGUGCGGGCAGGAUGAAGACGUUGGCCGAGGUGAAUCGACUUCAGGCAGAGCGAGUCGCAUGCGCCGCUGAGGAAGACCCGUUUCAGCUUGCAUCGAUCAUGGCGCAAAACUCGGAAGCAGUCCGCAUUUAAGGCACCUCAUUCUUUAUCCAUACUUCGCCGAGUCACGCACAACGCUCGGAUCGGAAGCGUCUCGUACGAUUAUAUGCUCGACCAUGUGCUCGCCACGUGCUCGCUAGUGACAUGACAAGUGCAGACAUCACAAUUUUGACAGCUCCGAGAUCAAACAGGACUCUUCCAUCCUCGAGAUGGCGUUCGCAUCAAACUGAGAACUGCAUUCGACUUCCAGUCUCGAUUCUCGCCAAAUCGAUGACGCGACGGAACCGAGAUGAGAUAUCAGGCGUCUGUUUGAGGUUAGACAAAGAGUGUCAAUAAUCUUUGUCACAUUCGUACGGUUUCUGUCGCGAAUAAUUAAUCGACUGUGCAUGUAGUACGACGUUACACCAGCCAGCAUCAUGAGUAAAAUGUACUCAACCGCGAACCUGUCCGACAAAGAGCUGAAGGAACAGGGUAACCGUCUCUUCAGUCUGCAUAAGUACGAAGAUGCAGCUAAUUGUUACACCAAGGCGAUUAUAAAAAAUCCAGAUCAAGCGUUAUAUUUUACAAAUCGGGCACUGUGUCAUUUGAAGAUGAAACAGUGGGAAUCGGUGUGCAAGGACUGCAGACGGGCCUUAGAUAUAGAUCCGUGUCUGAUGAAAGGUCACUUCUUCCUAGGACUCGCCUUAUUGGAAUUGGAACUUUUUGAUGAAGCGGUGAAGCAUUUACAAAGAGCUGUGGACUUAGCAAAAGAGCAAAAACUGAAUUACGGUGACGAUAUCACUAGUGUAUUGCGACAAGCUCGUAAACGUCGCUUCCAAAUAAGGGAGGAACAGAGGAUCGCACAGGAUAUCGAGCUGCAGACUUAUCUGAGUCAGCUGAUCAUAGAUGAUGCAAAACGCAACUUAACAGCUUUGCAAGAACAGGAGCCGCCAAAAGAUUCCGAUGCAGAAGCUAGUUCAGCCGAGUUUGCCAGGAACAAGGAAGAGAUUGAGGAGAAGAGAGAUACCUGCGUAUCGCGACUGAAUGAUCUCUUCGCUAAAGUUGAUGAAAGGAGAAAGAAAAGAGAAGUGCCCGACUACUUGUGUGGUAAGAUCAGCUUCGAGAUUCUGCAAGAGCCGGUGAUCACACCGAGCGGUAUCACAUACGAGCGAAAGGACAUCGAGGAACAUCUUCAACGGGUUGGUCAUUUCGAUCCAGUCACACGCGUGCGUUUGACGCAGGAUCAGCUGAUUCCAAACUUGGCGAUGAAAGAAGUGGUCGACACCUUCUUGCAGGAGAACGAAUGGGCCUUGCAUUAUUGAUGUCAAUGCGUAGUUUACUGCCAUAGAUUUAAGUUGACCCGAGAACGAUUUUUGACGACAGAAGAGGGAAUUCGAUUAUUGAUGACAGGAGGAGGAUACCUAAAAGGAGAAAUCUCAAAAAUGUAAGAUAGUACAUGUAAAGAAUUAAGUAUUUUGUUACCGUUAAAUAUUUUUCUGAAACACGCCAUGUAAAAGAUGCGGAAUGCUAUUGUUAUCAGAUCCUGCGGAUCUAGCGUAAGUACGCCAGUUGUAAUUAAUUAGCAUAACAUUAAUUAGCGUUACAUAAAUCAUGUAAAAAAAAUAUAUCACUUCCGUAAGUGCUAUAUGUACAGCGUGUUCUGUUAUUAGUCGGCAUAAUCUCAGGAGCAAAUUCAAUACAUUAAAAUGAUAAAAAAAGAUUCAUAUAAAUAAUAUACAAGUUCUUAG